GUAGACUACUCUUCGAACAAUGGCUGGGAAUUUUGGCCACCGCUGUCUCUGGACCCGAAUGCUUCGGGGACCUUCCACGACUCCCAGGGUUGGAAGGCCUUGAGGCCAUACCAUCACGUCUACACGCCUGCAAACCUGCCGAGAUAUUCGCCGCUGCCUCCUUCGGACGACGGCUACUGGGCACAUGGAACCGAUGCCCUGGGUCUGGAAGGCGAUUCAUGGUAUGCAACCAUUGUCAAUGCCAACCAAUGGAUAAGGAAGGAUCUGAGUGUUUACACCAUCAAGGCAUCGUGCGCUGAGGGCAUUCCUUGCCCGUCGCCCCUGCCGUAUGGAGGGGAGUGCGCAGGCCGCGGGACGUGCUAUCGCGAACAGAGUUCAGGCUUCCCAGCAGGAUCUUGUGCCUGCGAAACAGGGUGGGGAGGCGUGGGCUGCAACACCAAGCUUGUGAAGCUCAACAACACUGAGGAAGUAUCGAGGAGUCUCGAUCCAUCCGGUUGGGACUUCUAUGAGGUCCAGGUACCACCUGGAACCACUACGCUCCUGGUCGAGAUGCGGCGCAGCUCAGGAGAUCCCGCCCUCUUUCUCAGGGGCUUCCUCUCCGGCCAAGAGCCAACCGCCGUCCCCAACGCCAACGAAUUCGCCGCUUUCGCAGACGUGGAUAGCUUCCGCGCUCGUCUCAACUACCACUACAGACUCCAGACGGACGUCGACCGUGAGUCCUACGACAGCCCCCGGUUUUAUAUAGCGGUGUACAACAACGACGUGCACAUGAAAGAGGAGGCCAAGUACGUGCUGAGGGCCUCUUGGGAUGCGUCGAGGCCGGGGUCCAACGACAGCCUGUGCCCAAGCCAGUGCAGCAGCCGGGGGCGAUGCGUACUCCUCUCCGCACACACUAAGCCACCUUUUGAAUGCCAUUGCGACGAAGGCGAGUGGCAGGCGGGAAGGUAG